AUGACCUCCGCUCAGCCUCUUAAAAAGCGAUUUUUCAGCACCGCCUCCCCUUGGGAAGCUCGGAUAGGUUACUACCGGGCAGUGCGUCACGGGGAUCUGAUCUGGGUGUCUGGAACAACCUCCGCAGAUCCAAACUCAUCUCCAUCAGCACCACGGGUUCGUUUUCCUGGUGACGCUAAGCGACAAGCAUGUCUUAUACUGGAAGAGAUCAUUGAGGCCAUUCAGGCCGUGGGGGGCCGAGGUGCUGAAAGUAUUGUAAGAUGCCGUAUGUUCGUCAGCAGGAAAGAGGACUGUGGCAAGGUAGGGGAAGCUUUUCGAGAGAUUUUGGGAAAAGACCGCGGAGGGCAGAUAGGGGCGGCUGCAACGAUGAUUGUGGCUAAUGGGUUUGUUGAUGAUAGUAUGCUCGUGGAGAUUGAAGCUGAUGCGGUUGCCGACUUGGUUGAUUGA